UUUCAUAUGAUGUAAGGAGAGAAGGAAUCAUAAUUUUUAUUUAGAAAAUAGAUGCUUCUUCACGUUGCGAAGUCUGAGGUGACUAUAAGUUAUCCUCACAGGCUAUGUUACAAACAUUCAGAGGACUACAAGGAGCCAAAGGGCAAGAUUACAAUAAUCGAACGUCCGAGACACUGAUGGGAAGUGCUGACUGGCACAGGGGCUGAUAAGCGUUACAUUGCAAUCGGAGCUUUGGAAUGGCUUAGUAUGAAUUCGAGUAAAGAAGAAUAUCUUUGAAAAUGAACAGGACUUAGACGAUAUUACAUUCAUGAGUGGGUGCAUGCAGAAAGACUUGGACUCUUCUUACUGGACAAGAGAAGUGUUACGUCUUGAUAUAAUCUAACCAGGAUGUGGACAAGAAAUCAUAUCUGAAGAAGUUCGGCUCUCAGAGAUUCCCAAAGUUCAUAAAGUUGUCUGUUACCAAAGAUGAUCAGAAAGAUAGGAUGACUUAUGAAAAGUAUUUUUCUCCUCUCAACCACGACACCGAGUCUCUGGUUGUCUCAGCAGAUCAAGAGAGAGAUAAAGUAAGGUGGUUACUCCCAUUGAUUUGAAGAAUACCAACAAGCUGAAACAUCUGUUUUUUUAGAUAUUUUUCAGUCUAGAUGGAGGAACUCAAGAGAAUCUUCGGUACUUCAGACUCUGUCAAAUACUUGUGCUUUCAUUAAUGUAAUUUUUGGAUGCCACAGCUUGGAAUUUAUUGUUCCUCCUUCUGGAUGGGGCAAAAGAAGAAAAGCCACACAAGAUAUUCAGGUCACUAGAUGUACUUUCUCAGGUAAGGCUUUAAUGCCAAUAAUUAACUAUCAUGUAUACAUCAUGUGCUAUAUAGUGUUUUCAUGACAAGUUGAUAUAAUUCUUAUCAUAGCCACCCCUGAGAAUUCAGACAAAUAGUCUUAAAGUGUUGUCCGAAAGCAAUGAUCCGAGUUCUCAUAUAAUUUGCC